CUAAAAUUCACAUAACGCAUUAUUCAUAAGUUUCCUUAUGUCUUUUUGUAACUUGUAUUAGUAAAUGAUAAUACUAUUUAGUGAGGUGUAGAUUACGAUACUAAACUGAGGAUCAUAAUAAACAAACGUGCCAAGGCAUACCAUGGAGACAUUCAAAAUCGUUAGUUUUGGGAAUCCUUGCAAAAUAAAACUCAUACUAUAUAAAAUAAAAAUUAACUUAUUAUAAAUUCAAUAUAAUUACUGCUUCAAUUGCAUUGUACGAGAACCAUAUAUUUGGUCUAUUGGUUUAAUACGCUUAAUGAUACUUAACUGUUUAUUAAGAGGGAUUUAUCAUUUCCUUUUAUAUUUUAUUUGAUAAUUAUUAAUUCAUAGGUGGGAAUACUGACAUUUAAUAUAGUUACUUUCCCUUUAACACAGGAAUUCUGUCGACCAGGUAACCAUCAUACAAAGAAAUUGUACUAAAGAGAAAGCAAAGUACAAGAUUCAGAAAAUAAAACUAAUGCAAGCGGAUAGUAAUAUGAGACUUUAUGCAAUUGGGGUUCUACUUUAAGUUAAUAAUUGAGCUAAAGAUAUCCUGAGAAUGGUAACACGCAACUGGGUGCUUUCUAUUUACCAUAAGUCACAUAGAGCCGAAGAGACUAUUUAAAACAUUAAGGCAACAAGAAAGAGUAGCUUUAGCUUUAUUUACAUAGCUCUUUCAUUGUUACAUAUGAAACUUGUCCAUUAAAGAAUAUAACAUCAUGAUGUUACGAAAGGCCUUACUAAAAUAAGGCGUGUUUACGGUUCAGCUUGUUGAUUACUUCAGUAGCUGCAUGGAUGCCAUAGAGUAGCUACGAAGAUUUCUCUACUUUAUUCCUCGUGGUUCUUAGUAGUUGUAGCAUUAUGGUGAUUACCCUAUAUUCAUAUUACGGUUCCAAGGUAUAGAAGAAACUACUGCAUUCAUUGUGUCACUUUUCCAUUCCUUCAACAACACCGACGUGAGAGAAAUUUCUCUCUAUUAGAAGAGAAGAAACGAGUUAUUGUCAUAUAUUGAUGGGUAUCAUAUGUAGACUUUAACCCUGUGCUCCUUAGCACUCGCUGCUUUCUUUGGAUCCUCCAUUCAGCGUAUCUGGUGCCAAGACAUAGAUCCUUAACAAUAUAUCUGAACUAUCGGAUUAGGCCGAUGAAGAGACGUUCAUAAAAGGAAGCUUGUUUCUAAUAAAUUAGAUUUGCACUCAUUAUCCCGGAUGCCUUUCAAGUAAUCGUAGAAUUCAACUACGCUUUUUGUUGCUUUAUAUUUAUUUUAUACCACAUAAUAUUUUGUUCAGGAUACUCCCUUCAUUUUUAUUCUAAUGGCUAAUUCCAAAAACUCCACAAAACGUUCUAAAAUUAAAAGGAAAGUGCAACUAGACGUAUACGAAGUCGAACGGAUUCUCGCCGAUCGCGUAAAUAAAUCUGGUAAAAAUGAAUACUACAUUAAAUGGGUCGGAUAUGAUUCUCAUGAUAAUACUUGGGAGCCGGAGGAAAAUCUCACUGGUGCCUCUAUGGCUCUUAAGGAUUGGCAGAAAAAAAAGGGACUUAUUGCAGCUGGUCUAUUAAAACCUUAUGAAUUUGAAGAAGAUAAACCAACAAAUGUGGGUCACAAGGAAAACGAAGAAGUAUAUUCCUUGGAUAUCAACUUUGAUGCUAGUGAGUCUCUUACAAAAGCUGCCACAAAAUCUAAAGUCAAACCAAAAACAAAAUCCGAGGCCGGCUCAAAGUCCUCUUACACGGAAAUACCAAAAAAGAGGACCAUCAAACGUAAAUCCUCUCCCGACACUUCCUAUAUGGAAUCUGAAAAUAGCCAAGUCACAGAUCGGUCAUCUAUUGAAAAAAAGCAAAGAUGUACUAAUGGUGAUCGGACUGAAACUCUGUCAGACCCUCCUCCGUUUUCCCAUAUCGAGAUUGCCGAGUCUCAUACCGACAAACAUUAUUCUCAAGACAUGUUUUCUAAUCCGACUUCAAUAGGAUCUAUUUAUGGAGUACCAGAUAGAAAGAAUACUACUUUUAAUGAUGAUCUGUUACCCGACUAUUUAGAACGGAAGCCAACGCUCACCUCAAUAUCCAGAACGGACAAGACAGAUCCUUGUGUAAACUCAAAUACGAUUAUUAUCAGUGAUAUUACGAAAUCCACUGCUGAAAAAGAUAUUGUUUCAUAUUUCGCUUACAUCCCGUCAAAUCUGGAUGUGCGGGUUUAUAGAGAUCAUAGUUCUGCUAGUGAUAUAGCCUAUGUCAAAUUCGACUCAGCCGAUUAUGCUAAGAUCGCUUACGGAAAAGGACAUCCAAAUUGGCGUAUUGCAUUGGUAGAGGAAGAUGUCUACAAUAUACCAUCAGAUACAGCAUCCUCGACUAAAAGAGUGCAUAAAGAAAACUUCAAGAAGAAUUUAAAACCAAAACAAAUCAAGAGUGCAUCCCAAGUAAAGCCAAAAAAUGAUACGAAAGGCCCAGGUAGUGGGUGGACCACCGUUAACAAUGUAUGGCAAGAAUUGCCUAACAGAAAUAUUCAUGCUGAAUAAAUCAAGUCGAAAGAAAUCUGCACAUCAAGGUUCUUUCACGAUAACUGCAGUUAUCUAGGAAUGGAUAUCGUCUUUACGUUGACUUCUCAUCACUUGGUUGGUUUUUUAUUCGUUUGCACAUAAAGAACAAAAUGUACUUAAUCACAUUUUUUGCAUUUACUAGCUUUCGGUCGUUGUUGCAAGGAUGGUUCGUCUGUCAGUAAAUAAUUUUACAUGCUCAGAAAUGAUAGCACGAACGUUAAAGGGAAAGGUCAUGAACGUAAGAAACAAGUAAUGCUUGUUUAACAUAGUUACAAAACUACCUAACGAAUUUAUCUAUUGGAAUUUAAUAUUGGAUAUACGACUCAUUUGAAUCAGCAGUAUUUAACCAAAUCUUCGUCAAACUUACGGAUCAUUGAAAAAUGAAUCAAUUCUAUUUCAAAACUUUAGCGGAAAAUCUUCAAUGCCAAUUCUUUUCAUUGUCCGUUUUCUGACGGGUAAUUAAGCAAAGGCUUACUUAUCCUAUAAGUUUUACAAAGCUUUGCAGUCUGAAAUGAUAGGAAUAAUAUCUAGUACAUAACCUUGUAACGGUUGAAUGAAUUUCUUUCUUUCUUUCAUAA